GUCAUGACAAAAUCUAUUCAUUGUUUGUAGGUUAUGUUUGAGCGAUCAAUUGUCAAAAUUUGUAUGUUGAAUAUUUUCGUGGAAUUUAUUCAGACAUGGAGUGGACAUGAGUUAUUUGCAAAGCUUUGUGAUUUAUUGUAUAAUCACUCGUAAAAGUUCCUUCCAAUUGCGUGCUAACCAACCGUGUAAAUCUCGAGUGAUAAGUACAUGACACUGAGCUGUUGAGAUGUGAAAACGAAAAAUUGAUACGUAUUCAUCGCGAAUUUUCAUUUAUGCGAAGUUUCCGUACUGUAUUGUAAUAAUUCGCGAAAUAAAAAAGAAGACAUUUUCUAUAUCGACGAAUAAUCAAUCGCUAUCAAAAUGACGAUGAGUCAGAUUGCAGUUAAUAAACUUUACCAAACAGUGGUGGAAGACGUGAUUACUGGGGUAAGAGAUUGCUUUCUUGACGACGGUGUCGAUGAACAGGUACUGCAAGAAUUAAAACAACUGUGGAAAACAAAGUUACAAGCCAGUGGUGCUACGGAUCCUCCGCAUCAAGAGGCGCCGAUGCAACCGCCGGUACUGCACAACUUUCCGAAAACGAAUGGUAAUAAUACAGUGCCUAAGAGGCCUGACCUGGCUCAACAAAGUUCCAGUCAACAAAAUUCGGGUGUAGAGCAUGGAGGCCCUCCUUCCAGCAUAGGAGGUGCGCACCCACAUCAUGUACUAGACCCCAAUAAUAAAGUGCCAGUACAGUUGACUUUACCGGCCCAGCCAGGAGUCCCAGGAUCUCAGCCACGCUCAUUUACAAUACAAAUACCUGCAUCCGCACUCAAUGGCAACAAGUUACAUCAAGUGCUGACAGGGCCCAUCAUCAAUGCUACAAUAAGUCUCCCGCAGCCACUAGCUGCUACUCUGUUACAGCAACAUAUUAAUUCAGCCUUAGCAGGACAACAAAAUGAUUUUGAUGGUGGUGGAGGUGGCAGGAGUGGUGCUGCACCUUUCUCCCUGGAUGGAGCAUUAGAUUCUUCUGAUGAUGAAGGAUCAAAUGUUGGCGAUGGUUCAGAAGAUGGUGCUGGGGACGAUGAUGAGGAUGAUGAUUCCCCAGAGGAGCGUGCUGAAGAGGAAGAGGAAGAGCAGAAUGAAAGCGGUGGAGCAGAGGAGGAGCCUCUUAACUCAGGAGAUGAUGUAUCAGAUGAGGAACCCGGUGACAUGUUUGACACUGACAAUGUUGUUGUUUGUCAAUAUGAUAAAAUAACUCGCAGUCGCAACAAAUGGAAGUUCUACCUAAAAGAUGGCAUUAUGAACCUAGCGGGGAAGGAUUAUGUAUUCCAAAAAGCCAACGGUGAUGCAGAGUGGUGAACUAUUUCCUCAUACCAAUGGACUAGCUGUGUGUAUUUUUAUGAAUGGUGUAAAUUGUUAUAUAUAUUGACUGUUGAAGUUACAAAAGACAUUGGUGAACUAUUAUCUCAUCUAUAAUUUAGAUACUUAGGCAAGACUACCAUUGACUUUAACCCAUGUAACACUAAAUAUUGUACAUACCUACCUAUUUCAAUUUACCACAUGUUUUUUUUUAAAUAUGUGUCAUCUCACAAUUUGUAUUUUUCAAUUCUAUGACUAACCUAACUAUAAUGAAUUAGUGUAUGCAUAACAAUAGAAAAGUUAUGUUAGGAAUUUACAUUGUAGCAGAAUUUGUUAGGUGGUGUAACUAUGAUAUCUUUACUGUAUAAUUAAUAUACUAAAAAUAUGCUUCUUAUGCUUCAAGUAAGUGUUAAGGUUAAAGUCAGUGUGAUUCUUGAAAACAAAAUACCAAAAUGAAGGCGAUGGUUCAGUACUUUGAGCUUCAAACAAUAUAUAACAAAUGUUUUUUAUGUUUGCAAUAUGUUAUUUUGGCUUCACUAUAUCUUAAAACUAUUCAAGUCAAUGAUACGGUAUCAAAAGGUUAUUGAUAUUCUGUAUGUACACAAAAAAUUCAUACUACAAUUGUUGCAAAUUAAAUUUGCCAAACUAUAUAUGGGACAUAGAUUAUGUUAUACUAAAACAUUCAAACAUCGAAAAAGAAAUAUAUAAAUAAAAAAAAUUACAUGGCAGUUCAUGUAAUACACAAUACAAAUAUUUAGGAAAUGCAUCACAAGAUAUCCUACAUGAAACAUGGUGACAAUUUGAAUUAGUGGUUCACAUUGUUUGUUCACAAGUAAGAUUUAUAAUAGUUUUAGCAUAUAAAAACCAAAAUGAUUAGAUUAAUUAUAAUAAAUACAAGGAAUUCUACUGAUUGAUUGGUGUACUGGGUCACAAGUCAUGACAUUGCUAUGGCUAUAAAUAAAGACUUGCUCCAAAGUGCCUGAAAUAAUUGUGAUUUAGAUGACUGGUACACCAGACUUGAUAAUUUUGAUUUAAAAAUAUAUUUAUUCAAAAUUGAUGAAAUACUUUUGGGAUCAAAAAUGUUUGCUUGAUGCUAUUUUUAAUGCAGUGCUAUUUUAUAAAAUUAUAAUACGCUUUUUAAGAUGAUAGUCCCAUAAUGGUGAGUAACAAGAUUUAUUUCCAGAUUAGGCAAGUAGCAUUUCUAGCUGGCUAAUUAACAAUGAAUAUGAAUGAAUUUCAUUUGAUAUUAGUUUGGCAUAAUAUAUAUUAUUCAUAUUUCAUAUAUAAUAUAUUGUCAUGAAUAUUUCUUUUUUUUGUAUAUAUUGAUAUAAAGACAAAUAAUACUUGAGCAAGUGUAGACCUACAAAUGUCAAAAAUAUUAAUCAUUUUAACAGAAUGUGAACGAAAAAUAUUAAGCCUAGCAGCAGCCACUUGGUUAAAGCGGGCUGACAUUAUCUACCAAUAUACUAGUGUCAGUACUGCAGUUUCUAUACAAAUAAAAUUAUUAUAAGAUUAUUAUCACUGCAUAUUCAUUUGGAAAAAAAUGUUUAUAAUAUUUGCUAUUACUACUCGACAUUGGCGAAAUCACUGAUAAACAGUAUAAGUCAUAAAAGAGUUUCAAAAUUUUUGUACAUGACUUGUUGCAAUUUGUUUUAAAUAUAUAUGAAUUACAAAAAAUGUAAUUACACAGUUGUAAUGUGCUGCACCUUUCGUUAGCUGUUGUUCAUUAUCUAUAGAUUAAAAAAAAGUAUCAGCCCGCUCUAAUGUGAUGCCUCUUGUAGUAAAAAAAUACUGAUUACUCUAGCCUUUUGAAACUGCUUCAUAGAUAAAGGUAUUCAAAGAUAUUUAUUUAAUUAUUAAUUUAAAUAUGGUUCUCCAACAGUACACACAUUUCAUAUUUCACUACAAAAUUUAAAUUUGAAUCACAUUCUGAUGUGUGUACACUGAUUACAGAAGAUAUGAUGAAAUUAAACCUGAGUAAAAAAAUAUUUAAGCGCUUUAUUUCUCCGUUCUAAUAAUUUCUUACUCGAAGAAACUCAUGCUUCUCAUUAGGAAAGUAAAUUAAAUU